CCACAUGGAGACGCAUGGUAUUUGUCCUCACUUUGAUUAAUUCCAUGUCAACAGCUCCUUCAAACGAACAGCAAAAUUAAUUGAAACCAUUAUUUCUCAUUUAUUCUACAGGAUCCGGUCAUAUAUCUCCAACCACCUUUUUCAACACACUGCUGAAUGACACUAUCCUCGUCAAGCUUCCCACUAUAUCGAGCAGCCUAGCCAUCAACUAAGUCCACAAUCCCAUCGUCCUGGGACCGGCAGUGCUGUGACAAUCAAUCCAUUCCAUCAGCCUUUCUCAGACCGGUAUCGUCGUCUUCGUCGUCACAUGGACUAGUCUCACCCGGGGCGGAAGAAUGUGGAAAGUUAAUUAAAAGAUUUCACCGAGUUUCCUUCACGGCGGCGGCAGACUGACUGCUUCGUACCUGGGGCUCAGGGACACCGGUUCCCACCUACGAAGCAAAUUCAUCCCCAAUCGAUUGUCGUACAGUCAUUGUCAGUCAAAAGGAGUCACGGUCGGUCUGGGGCUGGAAAGGCGGUGGGCGGUGGGAUGUCCAUCAGGAGCCAGACAGGCUGGACCGUCUAAUGAGACAAGAAGGAUGACAAAUUAAAAAGUUUUCCCCCGACAGGUUUCAAGUUGGCGCCGAUAGAGAGUAAACUCUGCCUCACACCACCAGCACCACCGGUGAAGAAAACCAUGAACAGUAACAAUUCAACGAUGUUAUUCCACCCUAAUCAUCAUUAUCCACGUGGCAGAUUAAGUCCAUUGUAGUGUGAACAAUAGGUGGGUAGUGUGUAGAACGCAGAGUACCACCCGAAACAGCGCCGGUCGGUGGUGGUGACGUGACCACUGACUGACUGCCAGUUGUGGUACACCUCGCUCCUUGUGUUUGGAAAACGCAAGCCAAUCCUCAAAAGUAGUGUACUGGAGCACAGUGUUGUUUCGUUGCGGUUGAGUGAGGUCGGCCCAGCCAAAAAUGACUGACAUGUUGCGAAGAUGUGGCUGCUUCCAGCGAACUCGCCGUGGUUCGAGCUUUGAGGAUUCCUCGUCCUGCCGGUCGUCGGAAAUCGAACGGGGUGGCGAGAUGACGCCGCACAGUGGCAGCCUGCUCAAGUUGUUCACUUCCAAGGGCUGGUGCCGCCAGUGGAGGAAAACGGGCCGCGGCAUGAGCAUGACAAAGAUUGAACGGACGAUGAAAGCCGCCAUCCUGAUUCAGCGCUGGUACCGGCGGUUCCUGGCGCGAAUCGAAAUUCGCCGCCGCUACACGUGGACCAUCUUCCAGAGCAUCGAGUACGCCGGCGAACAGGACCAAGUUCGGUUGUACAACUUUUUCAACGCACUGCUAACGCACAUUCCGGAAACUGCGGGUCGACCCAUCGACUCGCAGGAAACCUCUCGGUCGUCCUCAACUGAAGCCCUCGACAUGAAGUUCUCGGACGAGUCGGACGACCUGGCGGAGGAAGGCAUCACCGGUCCGGAGCGAAGUUACCAAGGUCCGCACAUCAAGUUCCCACUGGACAAAAAGGAACUGGAGGUGAUCAUCGACCUGUUUCGGAAGAAGAAAAACCGCCUGCAUGCCAAAUACGUGGCGGGCAUCCUGCGGGAGGCCACCUCCAAGCUGAAACGACUGCCAAAUCUGAACCAAGCCUCGACGGCCAUCUCCAAGCAGGUCACGAUCUGCGGCGAUCUGCACGGGAAGCUGGACGACCUGCUGGUGGUGUUUCACAAGAACGGUCUGCCCUCGCCGGAGAACCCGUACGUCUUCAACGGGGACUUUGUGGACCGAGGCAAGAAGGGCCUGGAAGUGUUCCUGCUGCUGCUAAGCACAUUCCUAGUUUUCCCGGGUGGUGUUUUCCUGAACCGGGGUAACCACGAGGACACCGUCAUGAACGUCCGCUACGGCUUUGUGCGGGAGGUUCAUCAAAAGUAUAAACACAAUGCCGAAAGACUGCUAAAGCUCAUCGACGAAGUCUACCGGUGGCUUCCGCUGGGCACGAUAGUUAACAACCGGGUGCUGGUGGUGCACGGUGGAAUUUCCGAUUCCACCGAUCUGGAUCUGAUCCGAAGUUUGGAUCGGGGAAAGUACGUUUCCCUUCUACGACCACCUAUCACCGAAAGCUCGGCACCUGGAGCGGAAAUCAUCGACAAAGUAGAAUGGAAACAGGUAUUCGACAUCCUCUGGAGCGACCCGCAACACAACGAAGGCUGCCGGCCCAACUCGCUGCGCGGCGCCGGCACCUAUUUCGGGCCGGACGUGACCAACAAGUUCCUACAACGAUACAAGCUGCAGUAUCUGGUGCGGUCGCACGAGUGCAAACCCGAUGGGCACGAAAUCAUGCACGGCGGAAAGGUCAUCACGAUAUUUUCCGCCUCCAACUACUACGAAAUAGGUUCCAACAAGGGGGCCUACCUCAAGCUGGACCCCCAGCUGGAUACCCAUUUCGUGAUGUACACGGCGGCGGCAUCGAAGACACGCAAGCUGACCUUCCGGCAGCGCGUCGGCCUGGUGGAGAGCUCGGCCCUGCGGGAACUGGCGGCACGACUCCGGGAACGGCGGGUGGAGCUGGAGCGGGAGUUCAAAACGCGCGAUACGCAAAACACGGGAAUGCUCACCGUCACCAAGUGGUGCGAGGCCAUGGAAGCGGCCACCAAUCUGGGUCUACCGUGGCGUAUGCUCCGGGACAAGCUGGCUCCGGUGGAUAACCCAACGGCUAGCAGCACUACGUCUGGGUCGGAGGUCAAGUACCUCAAGACGCUGCACCUUCUGGAUACGGAUUCAUUCAAAUGUGCCCAAAAUGGGACGGCGUCUGUGGCGGAGUCCCUGUACAAGAACAAGAGUAGUCUCGAAGCCAUCUUCCGGAUACUGGACAAGGACAAUUCGGGUCAAAUAUCGCUGGAGGAGUUUGGGGAGGCGUGUGACCUGUUGGAGAAGCACUUUCCGCACAAUACCCACGAGCAGCUCCUGGACAUGUGCCGGAUGAUGGACAUCAACAAGGAUGGACUGGUGGAUUUGAACGAGUUCCUGGAAACGUUCCGGCUGUGCGAGAAUGCCAAGGCGCAGUUGCUGGAGCACUUGCAGGAAACUGCACUGGCCAAGGAGGAGCAGGAGAAUGGUGAGAAGACGGACAAGGGUAAGGAGGAUAAGGGGGCCAAAUCGAACGGGGAUGCCAAACGGAGGGGGAACAAAAAGAAAAACAGUGGUAAAAAGAUUGAUCCCCUUAAAAUAGCGGAAGAUUCGGAAGACUAUGAAGACUACGAAGCGAACGAGGAGGAUCAAGAAGUGAAGAAGAGUAGGGCAGCGGCGGCGGCUGCUGCUGCUGCAGCGACAACUUCAGUGACUUCGUCGGCGGUGGCUACGGCUGCCAGUGUGAAUGGUACGGUAACCAGUGCUAGUGCCAAUGGUAACGGGAGUAUGACGACUGAGGGUUCCUACGGAAGUCUGCUGGCGGUAGCGGUGGCAGAUCCGAGGGGGUUGGUGGCUGAGUAGAGCAGGAUAGGUGACGAAGAAGGUGAUGGUUUUCUAAUGUUAAUCGAUGAUUCGUAUACCUCUUGUGCUCAGAAAGUUACUCGAAAACUCGCUUAAAAGCCAUAUUGGAGCGAAGCGGCGUCUGGCAACUUCAAAGAAGCUUGCUAAAAACUUACCAGAAGUCAACUGAAGGCUUCUCGGUAGCUUGUUGCUGAAAGCUUCCCUAAACCAUGUUAUGAGUUCCUGGAAGCUACCUAGAAGCUUGCGGAAAGCUUUCUAGAAACUUGCUUGAAGCUUCUCAGAAGCUUGCUGGAAGCUUCCCAGAAGCCACCUGGAAG